CCAAGAAAAGCAGAAAUUGCAGCUUUUAAAACUAUGGUUGUUAAGGCUGCUGUUGCCAGGGCUCCUGCUCCCACUGCUUCUGUUAAUAAUGUUAGUGGUCCUGCACGGCGACUGAGGAGUAGAGGUGAACAACACCCUCCGACACAGGAAGGAAAGCCUGUAUCUGAAAGCAACGUAGACCCCAAGCCACCUGAAAGUAGUAAUAUAUUGAUCUUUAAAGGUAUUAAAAGAAGAACAUCUAAACUGGCUGAUCAGCAAGUUCCAGCGAAAGUGUCCAAGCUGGAUGUUUCCCAGGAGUCCUCACUGUUGAUAAAGGACACAGGCUGUGGGGAGAGAGCAGAGACAGAUAAGCAGGUGGAAGUAAACACUGUCAAACAAGAUACUGAUACAGAUGGAAAGAGCUGUCAACUCUACCAGCAAGAAGGGCAAGAGCAGCAGGUGGAACUAAAGGAAGGUGCAUUACCGCAAAGAAACCCAAGUUCCCCGCCAGCAGUUGAUCCUGAAGUUAUUUCUUCAGAGGGUUUGAAUAAUCAAAACUUGGUAAGCGCUACUCAGAGUGAUGACCCUUUGAACAUAAAGCUGUCAGACGACAUGAAUGGCAGCGAGGAGUCACAAACAAAAAGCAGACUUGGAUCCCCAAAGAAUGCAAACCUGCCGAAUACACAGUUCUCCAGCACAGAUGUUGUAACGUCCUCUGAACACCCAGCUAAAGCUGUUGUAGUCCCGCCCGCUGUGAAAGCUGAGAAUAUCGAGAUAGAGCUGGAUCAUGUAAAUCCUGAGUCAAGUAUUCCUAAAUCUUUACAAUGCAGUGCCAACACAACAGUUAAAGCUCAGGGUCCAAACUGGGCUUUCAGGCGCAAGAGAGGCGGCAUAAGAAGGAGGAGAAUAAGGAAUGUUUUGUUACAGAAAGAGCCGCUUGUAGAGGGUCAUAAAAGCAGUGAUGACACUCAACAAAAUACAGACUAUGGUGAUGAGUGUAAUGUCACCUACAUAAAAAAGGGGGAGAAAACGCUGUUAAAAUGUGGUUUCUGUGGUCAUAUAUUUAAAUUUCUCUCUCAGUUCAUCAUACAUCAACGCAUUCAUACAGGAGAACGACCGUUCAAAUGCCAAGAAUGUGGCAAAGGUUUUAGCAAAAAUUCAAACUUAAAUAUUCAUCUCAAGACGCACAGAAAGAGCAACAUAUAUCAAAAAUGUCCAUUUUGCAAGAUCAAAUUCUCUUGCUCGGAGUAUUCCUCUCAUAUGAAGAUGCAUGCACAAAUACUGGAGCAGGACUCUGAGAACAGCAAAUCUGACAAACACAGCAGAGGGAACGACCAUGACAACAAUGAGGAACUUCAUAGACCCGUUUCCAAAGAAAAGAGAGAGAAAAAGGUGUGCCAAUACUGUGGUAAAACGUUCCCGUUUCAGUCUGCCCUCAUAAGACAUGUGCGUGUCCACACAGGAGAAAAGCCUUAUAAAUGUGAUAUAUGUGGCAAAGCCUUCGGUCAGGCCUAUUUCCUCCGUGUUCACGAGCUGACACACUGGUCCGUGAAGCGUUACAACUGCACACGCUGUGAAAAAGCAUUCACUCAUUACAGCAAUGCCAAAAAUCACACCUGUAGACCUUUAAGAAGCGGUGAGGAUCUACAGCCCAACAGACGUGUAAGGCCUGCGCUAACGUACACGUGCCACAUCUGCAAGAAUGUUUUUGACCACCUGCAGGAGUUCAACAGCCACAUGAGAGCCCACACCGGUGCAAAACUUUAUCGCUGCUUGUAUUGUGACAAGCUGUUUGGUGUGCUGUCUGAAUUUAGUGCCCAUCACAGGGAGUGCAGAGGAGAGAGAAACGCGUCCAGCUCUGCCAUAAAAGAGGUAGAGACAAUGUCAUUAAUACAGUAUACAGUGCCUGCACUUAGGUGUUCAUCGGGACACAAUUCAGCUUCUCCUCUCAAAGGUGCAAAUUGUGAAACACGGACAACGACAUCACGGACCGGUCCUAAGAAACGCUUUGCUAGCUUAAAGAAACCGUUCCAGUCCACAGUCAUACCGGCUCACCACCUCUCACACCUUGUGUCAAAGUUAAACAAACUAGAUAACCGCUCAGACCCCAAGAAAUAUUUAUGUCCAAGCUGCGGGCGACUUUUCAGGCACAUGGGGAGACUCCGAGCCCACAUGCUCACCCAUGCCUCGGGUAAAAGUUACACAUGUGCCUGUUGCGGCAAGACUCUAGAAAACUGGAAAAAACUGUGGCAUCAUCAGAGAAUCCAUCGACAGCGACGCGGACGCUUCACUUGUCCUCAGUGCGGUGAAGGUUUUCGGUUUGUGGAUUCUUAUAAAAAACACAUGAGUGAGCACCCAGAGUUCCAGUGGAUUCAGACCCAGCAACGCAAGAGUCACCUAUAG